CUUUCUCCCAAAAGCAGAACAUAUCCCCAAGCAAAGAGCAGAGCGAGCAACCAGGAAGGAGAAGGCAGGUGUCCCGAGCAACUCCACUCCCCCUUCCCGCCGGCCCUUGCCUCGUUUCACACUCGCCCCGGGCCCCGCCACGCCACCGCCUCUCCCUCUUGCUCUCGAGAAAGCGGGCGCGCCGCCAUGUCCGCGUCGCCGGAGUUCUACAAGCCCGCGCCGCCGGCGUUCUCGCCGUGCAGCUCGCCGCUCCUCCUGCACGGGGCGGGAGGCGGGGCGGGAGCGGCAGCGGAAGAGAGCGCGGCGGCCAUGUGGCAGCAGCAGCAGCAGCAGCAGCAGGAGGAGGAGGAGGAGGAGGACUACCGGUGCCGGACGCCGACGGGCGGGGAGAGCCAGGUGAAGCCGCCCGGGACGUGCCCGCCGGCGCCGCGGAAGCCGCGCGCGCCCGCGGCCCCCGCGCCGUGCCGGAAGCGGCUGUUCGAGGUGGAGGUGUUCAGCCUGCGGCUGGAGGAGCUGGAGCGUCUCUUCUGGCGCCCGCACCCGUCGCCGGCGCCGGCGGCGCCCGCCCAGAAGAAGCGCCGGAGGGUGGCCUGCCCGCAGCCGAAGAAGAGCAGCAGCUAGCCUAGCUACUAGAUACCAGUAGAUGCCAGCAGUCGUAGACCAGUAGUAGAGAGGGUGGUGCAGCGGUAGCUAGGUGCAAGGCCAAGUGGUUUUGGCUAUGGUAGGUUUGUUAGGAGUACUGCGUUUUUACUGCUGUACUACUAUAGUGUAUCUCUCUAGCUAGUUCUACAUACUUGUACCGGGUUUAGUGUGUGUGAUGAUGAUGAUGAUGAUAGUAUUGUUGUGGCGUCAAGCUAAGGUUUAGUGUGAUAGGCAGGCAGCUGCACGCCUGAAUCUGCUGCUUCCACAUGUAGCCUGUGUAAUGAGAAGCAAGCUCAGUUGUACCAGUAGAAUCAUACAGUCUCCCUUCCGAGUCC